AUGGCACCGUUUGAAGCAUUAUAUGGGAGGUGCUGCAAAACACCUCUUUGUUGGUUUCAGGAUGGAGAGGUAGUGUUGACGGGACCAGAACUAGUUCAGCCGACCACAGAGAAGGUGAAGCUUAUACAGGAGAGGAUGCGGGCAUCUCAGAAUAGGCAGGAGUCCUAUGCAGAUCAAAGGAGGAGACCGUUAGAGUUUGCGGUUGGGAAUCAUGUUUUCCUGCGAGUAACUUCAACCACGGGUAUCGGUAGAGCUCUUCGCUCGAGGAAACUUUCUCCUAAGUUCAUUGGUCCAUACCAAAUUUUGAGGCGAAUUGGGCCAGUCUCUUACGAGAUUGCGUUACCCCCUCAGUUGGCCAAUCUCCAUCCAGUUUUUCAUGUUUCCCAACUAAGAAAGUAUGUACCUGAUCCUUCUCACAUUUUAGAAAUAGAAGAGAUUCAAAUCCGAGAGGAUCUCUCCGUGGAAGUACAACUUGUUUGUAUAGAAGACACUAAAGCAAAGGAACUUAGAGGAAAAACUAUCAUUUUAGUCAGGGUGGUUUGGGAUAAGAGGACAGGUGACUCUACAUGGGAACUAGAAGAAGAAAUGAAGCAAUUGUACCCUCAACUAUUUUCUUGA